GCGGACAGCAGCCCGGUGACCGACCCGCCGCCUGAAGAGCGCAGCUCAGAGAAAGCCAAAGACGCAGAAGACGCCGGGAAAACCGUCAAACUCGACAAACCUCCGUUCAGCUACAACGCGCUGAUCAUGAUGGCGAUCCGACAGAGCCCGGAGAAGAGGCUGACGCUUAACGGGAUCUACGAGUUCAUCAUGAAGAACUUUCCGUUUUACCGGGAGCACAAGCAGGGCUGGCAGAACUCCAUUCGGCACAAUUUGAGUCUGAAUAAAUGUUUCGUUAAAGUGCCACGGCAUUACGACGACCCCGGGAAAGGGAACUACUGGAUGCUGGACCCGUCGAGCGAUGAUGUUUUUAUCGGAGGAACCACCGGGAAACUCCGCCGACGCUCGGCGACAUCCCGCGGGAAACUGGCGAUCAAACGCGGACUCCGGUUUUCUCCUCUGGGGUUGCAUGGAAUAACGGAGACGGCAAACAAUCCUCUAUACUGGCAGUUAUCUCCUUUAUUAUCUUUACAUCAUCAUCAUCAUCACCAUCAUCCGCAUUAUAACGGGACGUCGCAGGGAUUUCUAAAUCAGGCUCACGGUUACGGUUCUUUCGUCUCCGGAGUGGAGCACCUGGGCAGCCGGGAAGCCCAGCGGUCCGUUCUUGGGGGCUCCAGCGGUGCUCUCGGUCUGUCGAACGGUUACGGGAUGAGUUCGUCUCCCGUUGGCUUGUUAUCGGUGCCGUCGGGACUCUUACCCGCGCCGGGGCUGCAGAGCGCGCUCGGGGCCCCGCAGAGCCUCCGGACAGCGCUCGGGCCCUUCACACCCGCCGCUUUACCGGCUCUGGCCCACCACGACAGACUCUCGCCAGAUUCAUUUUAA